AUGGAUCAAUCCGUCAUUAUCCAGUCCAAGGUCGAGAGUGGCCGCCGUGACAGCUUUGGAUCACAGAACUCCCAGACUGCCAAAGAAUUCAUUGAGGACCAGAUUCGACUUGAGGCGGAUGCACGCGAGGCCCUUCCUUAUUCUUUCGAUUCCUGCACUUAUGCUCUUGGCCCAUUGCGCCAGACUCUUUUUGCCUGCUUAACCUGCAAUCCUCCUCCCGAGAAUGAUAAUGAGGAGCAUAAGACUGCUGCAGUCUGUUAUUCUUGCUCCAUCGCCUGUCAUGGUGAACAUACUCUCGUGGAGCUAUUUAACAAGCGCAACUUUGUUUGUGACUGUGGAACUACUCGCAUGCCCACUACAUCACCCUGCACGCUGCGUGAAGAUCCCAAGACUGGUCACAAGGGUGUUCACUCUCAGGAAGCCGCCAAGGACAAUAAAUACAACCAAAACUUCCAGAAUCGAUUCUGCGGUUGCGCCGAAAAAUACGAUCCUACCCAGGAGAAGGGUAUCAUGUUUCAAUGCAUGGGCCUUGGAUCUGUCGAAUCUGGCGGUUGUGGUGAGGACUGGUGGCACCCAGAGUGUCUUAUUGGCCUUCCAAGAGACUGGCACAAGAACCUAGACGCUGAGACGAAAACAGCCAUCUUUGGCGGUGGUGAUGCUACCGGUGACGAUAAUGAGGAUGACGAAACUCCUCUUCCUCCUGGUUUCCCCGCUGAGGAUGAUUUCGAGCAUCUCUUAUGUUUCAAGUGCAUUAACUCGAACCCAUGGCUGAAGCGCUAUGCCGGAAGCAACGGAUUUCUACCACCUGUCUACCAGCAGGGUGGUUUGAAGCUUUCAGCUGUCAAGCCAGAGGAACCAGAAAACUCAAAGAAGCGCAAGGCAGAGGAUGAUGGCGAGUCAUCUGUCGAGGAACGAACUGCCAAGCGCACCAAAGAAGAAUCACCCAAGGAAGAUUCCGCAUCCUCGAAUCUCGCAUCUAUUCCUGAAGAGCAACCUACCACAAAGCAAAAGCCUGAAGAGACCAAACCCAAGACUGAACCUGAGUCCGAAUCCACCCUCCAACCAAAGCACACUUUCCUUCCAACAUCCUCUCCAUCAGAAUCAUUCUCCCUUUUCCUCCAAGAGAACUUCCUCGACAACUUCUGCCGCUGCGCAGAAUGCUACCCCAACCUAGUGCCCCACCCACAACUCCGCGAAGAAGAACAAACGUACGAGCCACCUCUCUCCGAUGAUGGAGACGGCCGUCCAGGUAGCGCUGGUACAGGCAGUAUCCUUGAGCUAGGCGAGGCGGCCCUCAGCAAUGUUGAUCGAGUCAAGGCUAUUGAAGGUGCCAUGAUCUACAACCACCUUCGCGACAAGGUGAAGGAUUUCCUGCGCCCUUUUGCCGAGUCUGGGACUGCUGUUAGUGCUGAUGACGUGAAGGGGUACUUUGAGAGAUUGCGUGGUGAUGAAAAUGGAAUCAAGGAAGCAGCUAGCCGGGCUGAGGCCCAGGGUAAUGGUGAUUCUGAGGAGGAUAAUCGACGCGAGCAGAAUGGUUAG